AUGGGAGAGACCUACGAUCCACUUCUUGGGACCUUGGUUGUGCAAGGAACUGUCUUCCAUCGGCUUGGGGCCAUGUUAACGUGCUCCCAGGGCCGUAUGUCUUCGAUUUGGCGACGGGUGGAACCUUUGGUCUUCGUUGGAACAGCUGUUAGUUUGGGUUGGGCAGCAUGGAGGUACUAUGAUCGUAAAGCGGCUCUGCGCACCUAUGGGCGCCACAUGACCGGCAAGGCAGUUGGACUGGUUGUCGGCCGUGACGACGAGAUCGACCGCGUUAUCUCCAUUCUAUGCCGGAAGACCAAGAACUGCGCCGCGCUGGUCGGACCUGCGGGGGUUGGCAAGACGGCCAUCGCCGAGGGCCUCGCGCAGCGCAUCGCUACCGGCAAGGUACCUGCAGCGCUCGCCGGGGCACGCGUUGUGGAGGUCGACCUUGGGGCCAUGGUCGCAGGAACCAAGUACCGAGGUAUGUUUGAGGAGCGGAUGAAGAGCGUGAUCAAGCAGGCGGAGAAUGCGGGCGGCAAGAUAAUUCUCUUCAUCGAUGAGAUGCACACGCUUCUUGGUGCUGGAGGUGCUGGUGGCCGUGGAGUUACUGAUGCUUCCAGCAUGUUGAAGCCGGCGUUAGCCCGUGGUCGUAUCCGCUGCGUGGGCGCGACGACUUUUGAUGGUUACCGUAAUUACAUUGAGAAGGAUCCUGCACUCGAGCGGCGAUUCCAGAAGGUACACAUCGAGGAGCCAAGCACGCAGGCGACAGUUGGCAUUCUGCGGGGGCUAAAGCAGCAGUAUGAACAGCACCAUGGCCUGGAAAUCCAAGAUGCUGCUCUUGUUGCUGCUGCACAGCUUGCUGGCCGCUACAUCACUGGUCGUCAAUUUCCGGAUAAGGCUAUUGAUCUGAUUGAUGAGGCAUGCAGUGCCACAAUAAAAAGGUUGAUUCAGAUUGACAACCAAGCAGAGGAAUUGAAUGCAAAGCAAAGUCGCUCUGCAAAUCCAGUGAAGGGAGCAACUGUUGUACCAAAUGAUGUUGCACAAGUUGUGAGCCUAUGGACUGGAAUUCCUGUCUGUACACUUGAGGAAGAGGACAAGGAUAAGUUAAUCCACCUAGCAGACAGGCUGCAUGAGCGAGUUGUUGGCCAGAAUGAAGCGGUAAAUGUGGUCGCCGAAGCAGUGUUGCGUUCUAGGGCUGGCCUUAAUCAUCCCGGCCAACCCAUAGGAUCUUUCCUCUUCUUGGGCUCAACCGGUGUUGGAAAGACAGAGCUUGCAAAAGCUCUUGCUGAGCAGCUAUUCGCAAGUGAGAAGAUGUUGGUUCGCUUUGACAUGUCUGAAUAUGUUGGCAGUGGAUCUGUUUUGCGUCUCGUUGGAGCACCCCCAAGCCAUCAGGGCUGUGAUGAUGGUGGGCAACUAACUGAGAAGGUUAGGAGGCGCCCAUACAGUGUCAUCCUUUUCGAUGAGGUGGAGAAGGCGGAUCCCUCGGUGUUGAACAUCUUUAUUCAACUUCUUGAUGAUGGUGUGUUGACCGAUGGCAAAGGGCGGACAGUAAAUUUCAAGAAUACCAUCAUCAUUAUGACCUCAAAUCUAGGAGCAGAGCACCUCACAGCAGGAAUGGCCGGAGAAAUCACAAUGGAUGCGGCACGUGACCUUUUGAUGAAACAGGUUCAGAAACACUUCAAGCCUGAGUUACUCAACAGGCUGAGUGAGAUUGUGGUAUUUGAGCCGCUUUUGCAUGACAAAUUGAAGGAGAUUGUGAAAAUCCAAAUGAAGAGCAUCAUUUCCAGGGUAGCUGACAAGGGCAUCUCUCUUUUUGCAAGUGAUGCCGUGCUGGAUGUCAUUUUAUCGGAAUCAUACAACCCAAUGUAUGGUGCAAGGCCCAUAAGGAGAUGGUUGCAGAAGAAUGUGAUGAUUAAGCUGUCCCAAAUGCUAGUCAAAGGUGAAGCCAGUGAAGGCUCGACAAUUUCCAUUGAUGCUACGGAUGACAAGAAGAAGCUCAAGUUUGAAGUAGUGAAGAAGGUCGAGGAGUGA